GCCACUCUUAAACGUGGAGAACGUCGAUCAACAACACCUCUCCUGCCGACCCUAUUGCUUUCCCUCCUCCUGGCCCUUUCAACUAUUCUUUUCCGUCCACCUCUCUCUCUCUCUCGCCCUCUUCCUCCCAGCCGCCUAUUAUUUAAACCUCAUAUACCACACAAGUUCAACUGCAAGUCAUCCUCGAUCCUUCUCUGCCCCAUCUAACAUCUCCUUUCUCUGUCUCUCUCUGGUAUAACCAUGGUUUUAGUAGCAACCCACGUCGAUAAAGACGGUGGAAAUGAUGGAAUGGUUGUAGAUUUUCGUGGGAACCCGGUCGACAAGUCGAAGACCGGUCGAUGGCUCGCCGCGGGUCUCAUCUUAGGAAGCGAACUCUCCGAAAGAAUAUGCGUGGUUGGUAUUUCGAUGAACUUGGUUACGUACUUGGUCGGGGAAUUACAUAUUUCCACCUCCAAAUCUGCAAACAUUGUGACCAACUUCCUGGGCACCCUCAACCUUCUAGCCCUCCUUGGUGGUUUCUUGGCGGAUGCUAAGCUUGGGCGUUACUUGACUGUCACAAUCGCUGCAACUUCAACAGCUCUGGGUGUGACUUUGUUGACAAUAGCGACGACCAUUCCUAGCAUGAGACCCCCACCAUGCACUGAUUACAGGAGGCAACACCAUGAGUGUAUAGAGGUCAACGGCCGGCAACUGGCUUUGUUGUACACAGCCCUCUACACUAUUGCACUGGGCGGUGGUGGCAUAAAAUCUAAUGUUUCGGGUUUUGGUUCCGAUCAAUUCGACAUCAACGAUCCCAAGGAAGAGAAGGCAAUGAUUUUCUUCUUCAACCGCUUCUACUUCUGCAUCAGCCUGGGCUCUCUCUUCGCGGUUACAGUUCUGGUCUAUAUGCAAGACAAUAUAGGGAGGGGAUGGGGAUACGGCAUAUCCGCCGGCACCAUGGCAAUUGCAGUUGUUAUAUUGCUCUGUGGAACCAAGUUCUACCGCUUCAGGAAGCCUCAAGGGAGUCCAUUGACUGUGAUAUGGAGAGUGUUCUGCUUGGCUUGGAAGAACAGGAACCUCCCUUACCCCUCUCAUCCCAGCUUUCUGAAUGGCUUCAACGAUGCCAAGGUCCCCCACACCGAAAGAUUCAGGUGUCUCGACAAGGCUGCAGUUGUAGAUAGCUCCAAUGGAAAGGGAGACGAGAUGUACAGGCCUUGGACAGUCUCUACUGUGACCCUGGUUGAAGAGGUAAAGAUGGUACUGAAGCUCAUCCCCAUUUGGUCCACAUGCAUUCUCUUUUGGACUGUCUACUCUCAGAUGACAACCUUCACAGUGGAGCAAGCCACAAUCAUGUAUAGAAAUAUCGGUUCCUUCACUGUCCCAUCUGGCUCUUUUUCUUUCUUCCUCUUCACCACCAUCCUCCUCUUCACUUCACUGAAUGGAAAAAUCCUGGUCCCCCUCGCUCGAAAAUUCACUCAUAGCGUUCAGGGCAUCACAAGCCUACAGAGGAUUGGCAUAGGUCUCAUUCUCUCGAUGAUAGCUAUGGUAGCUGCUGCCAUAAUUGAGAGGCAAAGGAGGGAUGUCUUUGUUCACCAACAAAGACGCAUAAGUGCCUUCUGGUUAGUUCCUCAGUUUUUCCUCGUGGGAGCUGGUGAAGCUUUUGCCUAUGUUGGACAACUCGAAUUUUUCAUCAGAGAGGCCCCUGAAAGAAUGAAGUCCAUGAGCACAGGACUCUUCCUUAGUUCUGUCUCUAUGGGGUUUUUCGUCAGUAGCUUAUUGGUGUCUUUGGUGGCAAAGGUGACUAAGCAUGGUUGGAUUAGGAACGACUUAAACAAGGGGAAGUUGGACAACUUCUAUUGGAUGCUUGCUGUGCUUGGAGUUUUCAAUUAUUUGGUUUUUCUCGUCUUUUCUAUGAGACAUCAGUAUAAGAUACAACACUAUACUACUUCAUACAGUGAUGAGGAGCUCAAGACUUGGAAGAAUGAACAACAUUCUAAAGAUACCGAGGAGAAUAUUGAGAGUAUUGAAGUAAAGGACUCUGCUAUUGUUUAGGUACUGUUUUUUCUUUUUUUUUUUUAAUAUGAUAUACUUGAUUCAAAUGUGUAAUUUCAUGUUGUGCUAUUUUCUUUCUCUUCACUGGUCUCUUAAAGAGAUGAGCAUGUAAACCACAUAAGCUGCUGAAAUUAACAUACAUGCCAAGGUGUUGAAGAGAUAGAACCAUUAUUUUCCACGCA